UAUAGUGAUUUUAAUCACUAGUGGCAUAAUGUAUUUUUUGGUUAGAAUUCAAAAUUUUGUGGUAAAAAGUCUAGUUUAUCAAUGUUUCUAAAUUUUUACAGUUUUUGUAACACCUAAUAUUAAAUGCUAUGAAAUUAUUGUUAUAAGAAAAAAAAUGAAACUUACAUCACUUUGUUUUCUCUAUUCAAAGUUACAUUCAACCAAAUUUCUUCAUAACAAAUGUACAAUCUACCCAAAUAUUAUUGCUUUUAAUAGACACUUGACAAGCAAAGGAAGGUUUAAUAUUAAGACAAAAAGUACCGGCGGAUCAGAUCAUUUUCAAUCAGAAAGGACAAUUGAACAACAUAAACAGAAUGUUGAUGAUGGCAUCAUGUCAAAAUACUAUGCUUUUGAUGAUUCUACGCACUCAAAUAAACAUAUCCAUGAAAUGAGGAUGAAUAAUAACAUUGUUCUUGCUCAACUUGGUAAUGAUUAUAUUUCAAAACAGCUAAUGAAAGGAUUGUUCGUUAUUCAUGGGAUUGUCUUAUCAAAUCCAUUUAAUUACAUUUUCCAAGAGGACAAUAUCUUUCUAGUUUACAAAAUUCUUGGAAUUCAACCAGAGUAUAAAAUACUAGAAAAUUCAUGUGAUGUACUGGGACGUGAUAACUGCUAUUUGUCUUAUUGUGGGUUAUAUAAUCUGUCACAUAAUCAACAGGUAUACCCAUCUCAAAAUCUUUGCUCUAGUCGAAAAAAUAUUUUCAAUAAUCGCCUUGUUUUUACAUCACUGAAAAUGCCAAAUUUAUCAAACAGCCAGCAGAACUAUAGCUGCGGAAAUUGCAGAAACUCACAGGAAAGUAAAAGUUCAGGAAAAUCUGAUGUCAUAGAGAGAGAAAAUCAUAGUGGUCUUCUCACUUGUAAUAAGGGGGGUCAGAGUGGCCAAGAUUCAAGUAAUACCAGUGGUGAUGGUAAAGAUGAAGGACUACUCACAUGCAGAAGAGUUGGCAAGAUUAUUGAGCAAGAAAAAAAAUUAGAGGAGAAGGUGGAAAAGGUGGAGAAAAGAAAAGAACUUGAAGGUGAGUGGAAGAAUUUGUGUAGAAGGUGCAUACCAACUAAAGACAACAUUACUUUGGCCAGAACCUCAUUGUGGCGGAGAAUAAUCAAUAGAUUGCGAGGAAACAACAUGGAUGGAAUGUUACAGAGGUAUUUAGGUAAUGCUCCAGCUCCAUUCAUUAGGAAAAGCCUGGCUGAACGUAGAAGAGAGCUGGGUGAAGAUUUUCCAAAACCUGUUGUGAAAUGUAUUUGCAUCGGAAAAAAGAGAGUUAAGAAAACUGCCGUAAGCCUAUUGCCUGGAAAGGAUGAAAAAUCAAAUCAGCUAGCUGGAGAUUUGACUUUAGAUGAUAGAAAAUUGAAUCAACAGGCUGAAGAAUUCAAUAAAAGAUUGGAUAAGCAGACAGGAGAAUUGAAUAUAGUAAAUAGGGAAUUGAAUCAUAAAACAGGUUUGGCUUAAGAUAAUAAGUUGAAUAAUCGAAUUAAAGAAUUAACCUUGGAAGAUAGAAAAUUGAAUAAGCAAAUUGAAGAAUUGAGUGGGGAGAGCAAAAAAUUGAAACGAGAUAUAGUUGGAUGAUUAGUGUUAUAAUUAGAUGCCGUGCAAAAAAAUUGUAUUUGUUCUCGUUUGAACUCGUCUAAACUUCAAAUUAAUAUAAAUGUAUUAAUUAAAAAAUGAUUUAUAAAUGCUGUAUGGAAUUUUUAGAGAUACAGUAUUUUUUCUAGUUUCAUCAAAAUAUUGAAAUUUCUAUGCUAACACUGUGAUUCAUAUUUGUUAAUUAUCAAGAUCUACUAUUAUAAAAUCUUGUUGACGUGAAAAAGGAAUUAAUUAUUAUCUGGAAAAUAGGAGAAAAUAAUAUUUAUAAAUAAAAUAUUAUCUUGAGAUAUUUUUAGCAUAUUGCUUUUGUUUUGCAAAGUCAAUUUGUUGAAAAGAGCUGGCGAUUUAAGAUGUUUGGAAGGGGAUCCUGCAUAUUAUAACCAAUUGAGCCAAUUCCACUUCGCAAUUUGAAAGGAGGUCGGCAAAAUUCUCAGUCUAUGAAGGGAGUUGUACAGUGUCUUGAAGUUGGAGAAUCGCUGCUUCAAAGGUGUUGAAUAAGCAGAUUUCUUUGUAGUGGAAUUGGUGAAUUGAUAGGCUACAUGUAUUUGAAUAGCGACUUGAAAUUGUUUGAGCCAUCCGCACAAUAAAAUUGAAUAAUAUUUGUGAUAGUACAUUUCUUAUUUUGUCUGCUGAAUCAAUAAUAAGAGAAGUAUUAAUAUUAUCAAUAUUAUUAGCGACCAAAGUCUCGUUGUUAUCGACUGAAAUGUGGUACUCGUCAAACAUGUUCACAUGAACUAGUUCUUGAUUCCCAGAAAUUCACGUUUUUCGACCAUUCUAAUCAGUCUUGGAAAAGUUCAAAGAUACACUGUGAAUUGUUGAUGCAAUACAGUGACAUCAAUCUAUCUCAAACUAUUGUUCGAGUUGCAUGAAAAACGCUUUCAUGCUGUUUUGAGAAUAUUCAAGUGAAACUAAUUCUGUCAUUAAAAUGAGUGUGAUCAAGUUUUCAGUUGCUAUUCUCGGAGUAUUUGUGUGCUUCCAAAAUACAGUUUGUGCACCACAGCAAAAGCACACCAAAGUGGGCCAAACUCAAGCGCAGCAAUCAUACAUCCCGGUGAUUCCGGUGGAAAUGGGUAAAAUGGAGUACAAUGCUACAGUGGAUGCAGUGGCCCUGAGUGAGGCCAUCGUAGGCCUGGGCACUAACGACAGGGUUGUCGUCGAUAUCAUUCCUAAUCGCUCUCAAAGUCAGAGGCUACAGAUAAGACAGGCAUACACCAAACUUUAUCAGAAGGAUUUGAUAGAUGAUUUGAAGGCCGAUCUGUCAGGAAACUAUGGCAAUGUGAUCAUCGCUCUAAUGAGAGAUCAAUAUGAACUGCAGGCCAAAGAGCUGCACAGGGCAUUGACCUCGAUCUUGUCCGCCGAUGACCACGUUGUCGGGUCCAUUCUUGCCACCAUCACCAAGCCUGACAUCUUGCAACUCAAGCACAUCUAUGCACUGUUGUACAAUGUUUCAUUGCAAGAUGAUAUUCUACAAUACAGUGACGGAGAGUUCAAGAGUUUCUUGUAUAAGAUCGUUGCAAACCCUGAUAAAAUGAGAAAGGACUCAGAAAUAAAUACAAAUUUGAUCAAUGAGCAAAUUGAGAUGAUUCCGACUAGAGAAAAUGACUGCGGGCCACUCAAGAACCCAAAGCUGGACGAUGUUUUGGCAUUUUCCAGUUUCGAGCAUUUGGAUCAUCUGGCAUCAACCUACCAGCAGAGGAAGAACAAAACCCUGACCGCUGCAUUCAAGAGAUGGUGCUCGGAUGAGUCCAUUGUAGAUGUCUACACAACAAUAAUUGACUAUGCAGUUGAUUCGGCCAAAUUCUUUGCCAAAGAGAUCCACGAUGCUGUCAUUGGGCUGGGAACAGACGAUCGCACAAUCAUUCGCAUCAUCGUUGGAAGACAUGAGAAGAAUUUGGACAGAAUCAAGAAUGUGUACAAUGUCAUGUACGACACCAAGCUGUCAUCUUCAAUUGCGAAAGAAACAUCCGGAUACUACAAGGAAAUUCUUCUUACAUUGAUCGGGAAGUAAUAAAUACGUAAAUGUUAUUAGUAUAAUUCCUCAACAUCGCAUUAGUAACAUAUUGCAUCUAUUUUUCUGAAUAUGACCAAUUAGGCCUAUAUGUUUCAAAUGAAAGAUGACCUGAUAUAUCCUAUCAUCAGAAAUUGUUUUGAUUUUUUGUCCAAAACUUGUAAUAUUUUUCAGAAAGUAUAAUUUUUCAUAAUUAUAAUUCAACUUGAAUAGCGAGUUUCAAGAAUGUUCAUUCUAAAUUGUAUGUGUCUUUAAAUAGGCUACAUCGGUUUUGAUGUAAGAAAAAAAGCAAACUUUUUUACAAGAACAUUAGUUUUUAUUAUCACGAUCUCUUUACUAGUGUACUGUCGAUAUUCUUGGCUAUGAUGGAUUCAAAAUACUAAUUAUCAAAUACUAAACAAAUUUUCAUUUUCAUGUUCGGUGAUGUUUCCUUGUGGAAAUACAGUAUAGCUAUUGAAAACUCAAUGAUAUCAUUACAACGAUAAUACAUUACAAUGUAUUAUGCAUGUCGUAAUUAUAGAAUUUGUUAGGACAGUUGAAGUAAUUGAAAUUAGAAUCAUUCUUUCCAAUGACUUGGAAUUGAAUAUGUUUUAUUUGAUAUACAUUUAAAUGUGCAUACAUAAAAAUGAGAAAUAAAAAA